UGCAACGUGAUCAUAGAAAUGGCUGCAAGGAGAGUGACAAGUAUACGCAUGGCGUAGCUAGAUUCGAGCGGCGAUACCGAGGAAUGGAAAUGUCUAACAGGCCUGCGAGCUUCUUUCGUUUGCGUUGCGCUAAGUUUCGUGGUUUGUUGAUUCCGAUCCGCCAUUUUACAGUUAUCGCUAGAAAGUUGGAAAAUAGUAUCGAGAAAUGUCAUUGUUUGUGGUGUGUAUUUGAGAUUUAAGUGAUUGUUCUGUGUUUGUUUCAUUGGAAAUGGAUCAGCCAUGACGCACCCAAAUUUUCAAACUAACGGAGCCAGUUUAGAAGAUUGCCACACGAAUUUCUUCGCUCUGACUGAACUCUCCGGUAUAAAAUGGCGUAAGCUAGUCUGGUGCGAGGGGUCGAGCGGGGGGCCCCCGGGGCCCCACGGGUCGUCCGAGCCCCUGGACGACCCGGUGCUCAGAAGCUACGCCCGCUGUCUCGCCGCCGACAUCCUCUGCGUGUGGCGGCGCGUCUCGACCCCUAGACAGACCGACGUCUUCGAGCUGGGACCGCCGCCCCCUUCGCAGCCCCCGCCGCUGAACCUGUCCGCCUCCAAGGAGCUGUGGAUCUUCUGGUACGGCGAAGAGCCGGACCUGAACGAGCUGGUGGCGCCGGAACUGAACGUAACAGAUGGCGAGCAGGGAUCGUGGGAGAGCGGUCUCAGCUACAAGUGCAGAUCGCUGCUGUUCAAGGCGCUGCACAACCUGAUCGAGCGGUGUCUGCUGUCGCGCGACUUCAUCAGGCUGGGCAAGUGGUUCGUGCAGCCGUACACCGGCCCCAGGAGGCCCGCAGCCACCCAGACGAACGGGGGGGCGUUCGACGAGGAGGCGGCCGCCAUGCCGACCGCUAACGCCUCCAACCACCUGUCUUUCUCCUUUGCUUUCUUCGUGCACGGCGAAAGCACCGUGUGCGCAAGCGUCGAUGUCAGGCAGCACCCGCCGGUAAGGAGGCUGACGCGUGCGCACAUACACCAGGCGCAGGCUACCAACGGCACCAAAGUGAUUCUGGCCCCUUUCGGCCUCAGCGGCACCUUGAUGGGCCCCAGCUUCAAGUCGGCAGACUCUUCGGCACGCCUCCUAGACGAGUGGGGUCAGUUCUACCCGGUGGACAGAUCACAGGGUCUUUCGGAAAGCAGUGUUGUGGAAGUGGUGGUGGGCGGCGUCAAAAUGAGGUACCCCUCAUGCUACGUUCUGGUCACGGAUAUCGACGACACGCCUCAAACCACGCCCGAGACCCCGCCCCCUCACAUGCCCACCCUAACACCGGCAGCGACGGGCAACAACUCGCCCAACAAGAACGGAACAAACACGCCUGUUUUGGUGCCAACGCCGCCACCCUCUCCUGUGCCGAUCAACAGCAAAGUGCCCCAACCGGGCCCCUAUCAGGUCUCGACUGAGCACAUGAACGCUAUGUGCAGAGAGGCGACGGCAGCUAGCGUGUUGACGGAACGGACGUGGCAGGAGUGCGUGUUGGGGGGCCCUCCUCCUGCCAAUAACUCUACCGGUGCCUCGAACGAGUUCAACGGGAACUGGGAUCUGUUGGAUCCGACGAAAAGGGUCACCUGCUUGUGUUCCAAGUGUCCGACGCCUUUCAACCAACAAGAAGGACCAUUGUCGUACCCCCGUACUCAAGAAUCAAUGGCCGUACCUUCUGUCGGCAGUCCCGCCUCCGUAGCUCCGUCCCCCUUACCAAACCCACACUCCCAGCAACCCGCCUCCGUUCCCCCCGGCGAACCUGUGAUGCCAACCCUGUCUCCACAUCCUCCUAACCCGUCGCCCUUCACCAAAUCAUACACGCCGCCCGAACAGCCAGCCAAAACGCCCGCGGGGGUCGUCAGCGAGGCCAACAGCCCACAAGUGCCGCCACCUAGCGUACCCGAAGUGAAGACGGAGGUCACCCAGUGCGGCGGCAACAGCCAGCCGGGUGGGAGUGGCCUGAAGAGACCCCUCCUCACCAGCAAGGAUUACGAGGCGGAGCUAGGAGAGGAGGAGCAGAGCUUGGAGAUGCUCUACGACUAUUCCACGAUGAACGCGUGGCUGAACCAUCCUGUGAAAAGAUACAAACCAAAUUCCAAAGAAAACCUAAGAAACUCGAACAAAAAUGACAUAUACUCGAUGUACAUCCAUAAUGGAAUGUCCAACACCAACUAUGACAUGGCUUAUAAUGUCAAUGUCAAAACAGAACCGUAUGUAAAGCAGGAAAUGAACCAGGAACAAAGAUGCACCGGUGAAAUAGACCCAACCACAGGCAUGGUCAUGCCCCACGGUGUUAAAAGACCGGGAGAUCCUUACGAAUUUGACGAAGAAGGCGGGUCCUCUUGUAACAUGGACGGCUUCAAGAGGGGCCCAGGCAAUAAUGUGAAAGAAGAACCCAAAGAUGCGAAAAAGACUACCGGCAACCUGUUCACAAGCGAGGGUUUACAGCCUUCGUACAAAGAUCUCGACCAAAUAUUUGACAAUUCCGAUGACACUAGCAGCGAUGAGGCAAUGCAAAUACAAACCCCGCCUGGAUCGACUCUAUCCGGGGGCCACGAAGACUCUAAACGUUUCUCUGGCGGUCACAGCUCGACAGGGAGCGGCGGUUGUCCCGCCAUAGGCAUCCUGAGGCCCGAGGAACUGAGCAAGAUGUUCCCGACUCCACCCAGUUUGGAACACAACCCGAUGCCAUCUCCCUGUGGUCUCAUCGAGACACAAACCCCCGACUUCACCGACUUGACACAGGGUAUCGUCAGGAUAAAACAGGAGAUAUACCCGAACAUGGGCAGCCCUCCUGAGGAGCACAUAGAUGACUGGUCCUACGUUUUCAAACCACCGGUAACGUGCAAGAUUGUCGGUUCUAGCAAAUAUGCACCCCUGACCAAUCUUCCGAGCCAAGGAUUGCCUGUGAUGCAGCUACCUCCCCAUUGCGUCUACAAGCCUUCGUGGAUGCAGCUGGCAGAGAAGCAGGCGCAACAGCAGGCACAGACACAGACCUCUUCAACGCAAACUACCACAACUACCGUGCAGCAACCGCCCAAUCACCAAUCCAACACCGUAUCUAUAGCGAAUCCUCUGACUCCUGUAGCUACGCCGAAUCCCACAAUAGUAUCUGGAGGACCUACCACCCCUCAUCACCAGCCAGGUGGUGUCAAUCCAUUUUCUCCACCCGGGUUCAGACCACCGCCUCCUUACGAACUACCUAGUCCUGCUACGUCCAAUGCAAGUUCCUAUCUGAAUAAGAACUUGAAUUCCGUGGAAGCUGUCCAAACGCCUUCAGUUCAGAGGGCACCCGAAGCAAGCGCCCUCUUAUUGAACAUUUUGCUCACCGACACUGCCUUCAAUAUAUUUAGGGACCACAACUUUGAAAGUUGCACACUAUGCGUUUGUAACGGAACGGGGAAUAUCAGAGGAUCCGACGCAGCCGUCUACCUGAUGAACGGAGAGGGGCCUCCUCACCACGGACCUUACCACACCUCCCACCACCUGAACAACGGCCUACACAACCCGGACAGCCCCUAUCCGGGGGCGAUGCUAGCUCAACCUCCGCCUCCCUACGGCAUGAUGUCUCCCACCGCGUCCUCCCACCACGGCCAGAACCAAGCUAUCGACGACUCUCUCAGAUGCAGCUGCGGCUUUUCGGCGGUGGUGAACCGUAGGCUAGCCUAUGGGAGUGGCCUGUUCUACGAGGACGAGAAAGAGAUCACUGGUAUAUCUAGGGAAGCCGGCUCUAUGAUAAGGGUUGUUCCAGGUAUGGCGGACGACCCCGCCGAGCGGAAAAAGACACCCCUGUCCACCUAUCUCGUGUCGACGAAUUCCCUGAAGACUGACGCGACCGUGGACCGCGAUCAGAUCGACGGUCUGCCCCACCAUCUACUGGAACUGAUCAGGGACCAAUGCGGCGCGAUACCGAACAACGUGAACGCCCUUUGUAGGGCGGCCGACUUCAUCAAGAGCCAGAGGGGCGUGUUUUCGAACACGGUCAACGUGCUCGAGUACACGGACAGCAACGAAGUUACCGCUGUAGCCCUGGACCAGAGCAAACAGGCGUCCGCGGAUGCUUUGGGCUCGUGCAAGAUGGAGGAUAACGGACAGAGGCACAACAACCAACGGUUGAACAAAAUGACUGUACAUAAGUGGCCGUUUUUGAGAGCUUGCGGUCCGCAAUGUAACCAAGACAUAGUGAGGGUGAUGAAGACGUUAAGGCCCCUUCUUCAGGAUGCCAUCCAGAAGAAGUGCCAAACUAGAUUGUGGGAAGCCCCGUCGGCAGUGAAAGGACCCCUGACCUGGAGACAGUUCCACCGACUAGCAGGAAGAGGUACUGACGAUCGUUGCGAGCCCCAACCGAUACCAUCGCUUGUGGUCGGCCACGAGAAAGACUGGCUGAGUCUGUCGCCCUACGCCCUGCACCACUGGGAGACCCUGCUGCUGGAACCGUACUCUUAUUCGAGAGACGUAGCCUACAUAGUCGUCGCCCCUGACAACGACUCCAUACUGCCCAGGGUCAGGUGGUUCUUCAAGGAACUUAGCACCGCAUACGAGAUGUGCAAGCUGGGUAGGCACAGUCCGAUAACAAAGGUGCUUCGAGACGGGAUCUUGAGGGUGGGUAAGACGGCAAAGGCCAAGAUCGGCAACGAGGCCGUCGAGGAAUGGUUCACGAUGCUAGGAGACAGCGAGACCACGGAUAUGCUAAAGUUGUAUGCGCAGGUUUGCAAACACCACUUGGCCCCUCACCUGCAACAGGUGACCAUGGACAAAACGCUGUUGGAUCCUCCGCCGGAACCCUCUGAUAAGCCAGCGCCAAGUCCGAUGCCUCCACCCAGCACACCAGAUGGUAGCAGCAGUCAACAUUCUUCCACGCCUGACAAGGCGCCUUCCACCCCAAAAAGUCCUGCCGAUAUCGACAACACAAAGGACAAUUCCUCAAAUACCGCCGCAUCGUCCUUGGAUCUCAGUCACGAAGAAGAGGAGAGGGAAGUACCUUGCGUUGUCAUCUACCUAGUGGAGCCCUUCUCCAUGGGUUCUGAUCAACCCGAACUGCAGAGGCUGGCCUGUCUGGCCUUGUUGCGGUGCUUCCAUUCGGUUAUCUCCGCCGUGCCGAACAACAUCAGGAGCAACAUCAACGUACAGAUAAUUUCGUUGGAGAGCAUUGUAGAAUUGGGCAGGGCCAGGGACAGGACGCGACACAGCGACCACAUGAGAGCGCUCUCCUUGAACAUCUUUUCCCAGUGCAGGAGACUCUUGGUCCACACCAAUAACGUGAAGUCGUUGACCGGCUUCGGAACUGCAGCUCAAGCCGAUGAUUUCCUUAAAAAUAAAGAUGAGAAGAAUAGAGCCCCGUACAGGAUGUACACCCCACCUUAUAUCUUGGCGCCGAUGAGGGAAAAAGUUGAGGCUGUCGAGUCUUUCGGAAAGGGGACCGGAGAUCAGGCUUCGGUGCUCUACCUGAGUUACUGCCUUUCAGAGGAUCAGAGCUGGUUACUGGCUGUGGCCACCGAUGAAAGGGGGGAAAUUUUGGAGAACAUUACGAUAAACAUUGAUAUACCAAACAGAAGUCGACGGAAAAAGGCGUCUGCUCGAAGGAUAGGCCUGGAGAAACUUAUGAACUUCAUAAUCGGGGUGCUUUCGCAAAGCGCCAGACCUUGGAGGCUGGUGGUAGGUCGGCUUGGAAGAAUUGGCCACGGAGAACUGAAAGGAUGGAGCUGGUUGCUUAGCAAGAAGAACCUGCUGAAGGCCUCUCAACAUCUUAAGGAAUUGUGUACACAGUGUGCCCUUAUGUAUCCGUCUUCGGUGCCCUGCAUCCUUAGCGCUUGCCUGGUCAGUCUGGAGCCAGAUACCACCUUGAGAUUGAUGCCUGACGAGUUCACACCUGACGAGCGUUUCAGCCAGGUGAGCGUGAACUCGCAGCUGUCUACGCCGCAAGACGUGUCCUGCACCCACAUACUGGUGUUUCCCACCAGCGCGACUACCCAGUCCUCGCAGACGGCCUUCCAGGAGCAGCACAUAACGCCCGAACUUGGCGACGAGGAGAUAUUCAUCGCCCUGAACGACGACAUGCCCGAGUGCAUAGACGGUAUGAACGACUUUAGCGACAUCUUCAACUGGACCGACUCUGGGACCGGAGGGGGACAAAGCCCUAACGGAAGCCCAAGACGAGAAGAAUCUGGUCCGGGCAGUCCGGGAGGCUGUGGCAACAACAUGGGUCGUCAAGGAAGCCCCUACCAGUCUGGCAACAACAAGAUGGGCGAUUCCGAUCAGACAGAGGAGGUGGGAACUCUCCUCCAGCAGCCGUUGGCCCUGGGCUAUUUGGUCUCGACCGCGCCCACCGGAAAAAUGCCAAAGUGGUUUUGGUCGCAGUGCCCCCAUCUCGAAGGCGUCUGUCCAGCCUUCCUGAAAAACGCCCUACACCUGCACAGCCCCAACGUGCAACAGAGUUCCGACGAUCUCUUCCAACAAUCUGCAGUCACUUCCCAUCCUCUGGAUUCCACCUACACAACCGACGUUUUAAGAUAUGUUUUAGAGGGAUACAACGCCCUGUCGUGGCUGGCCUUGGAUUCCAACACGAAGGACAGACUGUCCUGUCUGCCUGUCCACAUGCAGGUUCUCGUUCAGCUCUAUCACACCACCGCAGCACUAAUCUGAGUCGCCCGCUGAACCCUCGGCCUUUCCAAAUUUUAAACGCGCGCCCUCCGACAAUCGGGAACUGUAAAAAAAAAAAAAAUUUGAUGGGAGAUCGAUCGGGUUCGGUUCUUUUCCAUCCCCCCAGGUUUUUCGGUUCCAUCGGUGAUCCAUCCAAGAUUCAUUUCCUGCGAAUUUGGUUAUCUUUGCGUUACCAAAAAAAAAAACCAACCUGAAAAUUUCCAUUCUGAGAGAGAGAUGUCGUAGCCGAAACGAAAUGGAUGUUUGGUUUUCACGAACCUCGGAGUUCAUUUUA